AUGAGAGCUGUAAGAGUGGCCGUGUACAGGACACCGGAGAAUGCCUCCAUGAAGACCGAGAUCGUCCCCCAGGAGUCCUGGCCUGGAGAGUUUUCGCUCUUUGCCAUAUUUGCCUUUGGAUCCUGUGGCUCUUUCAGUGGGGAGACGGGGGCUACUGUGAAAUGCAAUGGCAAAAACCAAGAAAUGACUGCCAUCUCCGUGCAGUUUGGAUAUCCCUUCAGGUUAUACCAGAUUCCAUUUGAAAUGCCUGUCUGCGAGGAAGACGCUGAGAAAAGGACACUACAUCUCAUGGGGGACUUCUCAGCUCCAGCCGAGUUCUUUGUGACUCUGGGGGUCUUCUCCUUCCUCUACAGCAUGGCAGCCCUGGUGGUCUAUCUGCGAUUUCAUUCUCUCUACGUCGAGAAUAAGAGGCUUCCCUUUGCAGAUUUCUGUGUCACUGUCUCAUUUACCUUCUUCUGGCUGGUGGCGGCUGCAGCCUGGGGCAAAGGCCUAUCGGAUGUGAAGGGAGCCACACGGCCAUCUAGCCUCAUCGCUGCCAUGACGGUGUGCCAUAUCCAGGAGAGUGUCUGUAAUGCUGGGGCCACUCCCUCCAUGGGGCUGGCCAACAUCUCUGUGCUCUUUGGCUUCAUCAACUUUAUCCUGUGGGCUGGAAAUUGCUGGUUUGUGUUUAAAGAGACCACAUGGCAUGCGCAAGCCACCAGCAAGGAGAGCUCUGCAGAACAAGGAGCCAUCGACAAGCAAUAAAGUACCUCCUCUCCCACCCACCCUGGUCCCAAGGUGUCCCCACCCCGAAUUGACAGCACCUUGUCUCACACACACAAAUACAUGCCCAUCCCACUGCUGAGCCCCAACGGGAGUCACAUCCUCUGCAAUCCUUGUUGAGGCCCAUGGUCAUGCCAGCAUCCCUCUUGGGCAUUAUGAGAUGCCUGCCUUUAAGUGGCUGGCAGGCAGGAGCCCUGUCAUAGUCCCAGGUAUACUUAACUUGUAGCAGACUCCUAGUGGCUACCACAAAACUUGUGUUUUCUUUAGCAGGGUUUUUCUUUCUUUCUCUAUAAACAUCAUUUCCUUUUUCCUGUGUUCCUGGCUUCCCUCCCCAGAGCAUGAGGCCGUGUGGAAUUUCUGCACGCAGCUGGUAUGACAAGCCAAUUUGGCUUUUAGAAGCCGUGGCAGGUCACUUGCUAGCAAAAGCAAAGGGGUUGAAGAGACCUAAGUCAGGGAGACUGCAGGAGCCCAGUCAUCUUGGCACCUCCUUGUGCAAAAGCACCCCUGUGCAGAGGCAGUCUUAUCCCUGCCUCCCUGCUCCCUUAGGAACAAGGCAGAGGGAGUAAAGGGUGCAGGUGGGGAAGAGGGAGAAUAUGCUGCUAAGGGGGGGGCGGGUAUGUAUCUCUUCCUCCCUUUUGCCUGAAGCCUUCUUAUCUCCUCAGGGAAGCUGAUGGAGGGUUUUCAGCUGCUUUUCUGCUCCUGUGUGGCUCGGAGGGAGCUCAUUAUUUAGGCCAGUUAAAUCAGUGUGCCAGCAGCUUAAUGCCUGUGACAUCCUUUGCCAGUGGGACAUCAUCUUGCCUAUGCAGGGCAGGGACCUACACAGUAUUUUCCAUUCUCAAGGAAGGGGGAGUCUUUUUCUUAGACAGGUGUCCAGCUUGUUCCUCUUCCAAAGUGGCCUCUGCAGAAGGAACUGAUAUUGCUUCCCACCCGGAGCCACAUGUCCAUUAAAGGCUGCCUCGCCCCCAUGUCUGAGGAAUAUCCCUGGGCCUCCUACCCCUCUUUAUCAGCCCUCCAAGGAGCUGGAAAUUUCAGAUCCCAGUGGGGCUUGCAGCAGGACAUGGAUGCUCUCUGAUGCCCUAAGCCACGGAGCCGUGCAUGACUUCUAGGAUGCAUUUCUGUAGUUUGUUGAUCUAAACUGAUGACACUUUGCUCCGAGGAGAAAAAAUCUUGGCAAGGCAGUAACAGUGUCUUUAGGUUUCACAUGGGCACCAGCAAGAUGGGAGUGUGUUCAAGGAGAAAGUUUAGAGCCCUGGACAGAUGUAACAUUUCCACGGAGGUCACUGACAUGACACUUGUGUGAAAAAGUAGUGGAUGAAUGAUGCCUAGGCUGGGGUAACUGCCUGAUCUGCUGCAGAAUUAGCCCUGAAAGAAUCAGGGGUAAAACUUCACCUGUGUAAGUUACACCAGUUUAGGUGUCCUUUAGCCAUGUCCAUCCUGGGGUAGUCAAUCAUUUCCUGAAGGCAAACAGGCUGUUAUUGCUAAUUUGGCACCUAGUGGGAUGGUGCCAGAAUAGCUUCCUACUAUGUGAACUACCCCAGGAUAGCUCCAUAUCUGUCCAUUCCAGAGCCUGGUGUAGUUUACGUUAGUAUAUAAAAUCAAUGUGAAUUACACUGGAGUAUUCAUUUGCCCACGCCCAAGGCCAUUAGCAUUUUCCUUGUCUAGCUGCAUGAUGACAGACUGCUUAAUUCAGUGGCAUUUUCCCACCUGCAUCCUGUGAUCUGUAGCUCCGUGGCAGCUUGAUGGGUCACCAAACCCAGGAACAAGACUAUCGCUAGUCUUUCCAGCCACUGCGGCAUAGGCAGCUGGCCCUGGAGCCCUUUGGGAUUGUGAGGUCUGAUCUCUUUUGACGGGGUUCUGCCCAGAGCUUUUGGGCAGAAGGGAAGGUAGGCACUGGCAGCACAGAUCCCAAAGACAAGGCAUAUUUAGCACUACAUUAAUCUUUCUUUUCUGUUGUGCUGUUUCCUUAACAACUGCUCUAGUCUUCAUUGGCUUGUACGCCUCUUCCACGGGUGGGAAUAGGAAGGGGUAGAGGAGGAUGGGACUAACAACAG